GUCCUUUAUUUUCUUUCUUUAGCCCCAGGUGGAACCUUGUCGGACGACCUGACCCGGACAGAGUUUUGCCUCUUCAAAGCACAAGAGGACAUGGAGACCAUGCAGGCAUAUGCCCAGGUCUUUAACAAGCUCAUCAGGCGUUACAAAUACUUGGAGAAAGGUUUCGAGGAGGAGAUUAAAAAGCUGCUGCUGUUUCUCAAGGGCUUCACCGAGUCUGAGCGCAACAAGCUAGCCAUGCUAACAGGAAUUCUGCUUGCCAAAAGCAAUCUGUCUGCAGCUAUUCUCAGUAGCCUCUUCAAUGAGAACCUGGUCAAAGAAGGUACAUACUCUUCUUUCUGCAGGCAUGCAUUGUUUGUUCAUUGUUUUGUUUUUUUAUGGACUGAGAUGAAAUAA